AUGACAAAUGAGGAUAUGAAGCCAACAAAUGAUGCAGAAUUAUCGCCUCGUGACGAUCUGAUCAAGGUUGGAGAAGGAAAUAGAUGUGGAGGAUUAAUGAUCGGUGUGCUAGGAAUCGAGCGACUGUUGAUAUUUCAGUUUCAUCCUGACGAAGAACUCACUGAUGAGCCUUUAAAGCGUAUGCACGUUGCAUUACUGAGGCUUCGUAAGCAUCAAUUACCAGAGCAUGAUUUGAAGGUGAGAAACGACUACACAAAUAUGAAAUACUUUCAUGUUCUCUUUUAUGGCUCAUCUCUUCACUUCGCGCAAUUUAUUGGUCAGCUAAUGAAAACUUCUGCAGUUUUCUCUAGCUUUUACGAAUUGAGUCUUUUGGAUUGAAU